CACUGCACUGCACAAUCGGUCGACAGUACUGAGAAGCGAACAAGUUUCUCACUAACUUGGUCUGGUGCUGAAUAAAUUAUUGGUUUGAUGUUCCGAAAAAAGGUAUAAAUAUUUUUGCCGUAAUUGUGUCUAAAUUGGAACCGUUUUCGGGUGCCACGGUGUUCGGUGAUGUGUCGUGCAAAUAAAGAGCUUGCAUAUGGUCAUCGUCAAAACGUAAAUGUUAGUACGGUCUAGGGUGGCUCAAGGUUGAAAAACAAUUGGCAAAAAUGUCAAUAGAUUUGGACAAACAUCGCGAUUCGCUGGUGCGGGCCUGGAAGACGGUCGUCGAUACCAAGAGCAGCACCAAUUGGGCUCUGUUUUCCUACGAAGCGCAAAGCAACGUUCUGAAGGUGCAGGAAACCGGUGAAGAUGGAAUCGCCGAGCUGGCCGCCGAGUUCAAUUCCGGCAAGGUGCAGUACGGAUUCGUACGGGUAGAUAACAAAGAGACUGGAAUUGCUAAGUUUGUGUUCAUCAACUGGCAGGGUGAGGGUGCGCCUACUUCACGCAAGGGUUCCUGUGCUAAGCAUGUUCGGGAUGUCUGCAAUCUGCUAAAAGGAGCUCACAUUACGAUUCAUGCUGCCAAUGAGGAUGAUGUAGAGGAAGCAAGGAUUUUGGAGAAACUUCAGAAAGUGGUGGUCAAUGAUUUCAAGGUCAAAGAUUACUCAAGAGUUAAUGACGCCCCCAAACCAGUUGGUACUAACUACAAUAGAGUCAUUCCAACGAAGGAAAUCAAUCCGGCAGAAAGGGAUGAAUUUUGGCGCAAAGAGGAGGAAGAAGAAAAGCACCGGCUGCAGUUGGAGUACGAGCGGAAGUUGAGCGAAACGAUUAAACUGGAAGAGGAACGCCGUCGCCGGGAGGAGCGCGAGUUUGAGAAAAGGGAAGCGGCCCUGGAGAACGCACAGAGUCCGGCUAAAGUGGACACGCGUCAGACGCCCGACAGCAGCCGGAUGGAGCGGGAGCGGGAAAUUAAGCAAGUCGCCGAAGCUAGCGGUAAAGUGAGCUCGGUUAAGGCCAGAUUUCUCAACAGUACCGCCCCGGUGAAUCCACUGCCGGUGCAGAUCCCGCAGCAGCCGGUUGUACCCGAACCGGCCAUGUCACCGGACUCAUCCAAUGAGGAAGCAAGCUUGAUCAACGAACUGAGGGCGGAGCUGGAAGCCGAGCAACGGGAGCUUAACGGAAGACAGGCGGAAACGAUACAACCGCCGCAGGAAUUCUUUGAUCCGAAUGCAACGAUCGAUCUGUCCGAUGAGGACAAUAUGCUUCGAGCGAGAGCACUGUACGACUAUCAGGCUGCAGACGACUCGGAGAUAAGCUUUGAUCCUGGUGACAUCAUCACGCACAUCGAUCAAAUCGAUGAGGGCUGGUGGCAGGGUCUGGCUCCCGACGGCACCUACGGGUUGUUUCCUGCAAAUUACGUCGAGCUGAUUUGAACGCACGACGCGAAUUGAUCACGAACAAACAUCAUUCAUUGUCAUCACGCAAAAUGUAGUAUUAUGUCUUGUUUAAAAAAAACUACUUAUUGUCCUUCUUCCAUCACACUGAACGGAGACGAAUUUAAUUCGUGCUUCGGCUUAAACUGCAAUUGAGGUAUAUAUUCGAACAGUCGCGCUAAUAUGUGACCCCCCCUUAUUGACAUGUUAUUAUUAACACUUUAUUCAUUACUCCGCGACAUUUUACAAGAGACGAGCGAACGAACAACAUUGUCAUGUUAAAAACACCUGUUAUAUUUAGCUAAUAAUAUUAAUAACAACAACAGUAAUAAUAAUAAAGUCCUGACUC